AUGGACCAGGAGCUGUACGACGAGUUUGGUAACUACAUCGGCCCCGUCCUUGACGAGGAUCUCGGCGGUGGUAUCGACUCCGACGGGAGCGCCGGCGACGGCGAGGCUGCCGACACAGUAACUCGCCUCGGCCCCGCGGACGUCGUGGAGUACGAUGGCGGGACCGCGGAGGAGUCGCCGUUCAAAGAUGUGGAGGUCUUCAUCCAGCACGAAGACACUCAGACCAUCGAGGAGCCCAUCGUAAAAUCGCAGGAGACACGCGUCGAGCGCGUCAGCUACAUCAAGCGCCUGGACGAAGACAUCAGCGCGAAGAGCUUCGAUAUCCUCGAGGAAAGGCUCCCGCGUAACCGGUUCAGCUUCCGCUUCAUGACCACGUUGAUGCGUCAGCCGCAGUUCAUACGCAACGUCUGCAUCUGCGGCGAUCUGCACCAUGGGAAGACUACGGUGGUGGAUCGGCUCAUCAACUACAGCCGAUUCCCGGAUCCAGACGCCGCUGAGGGGUUCGACCCCAGCUUCGUGCGCUACACCGACACGCGGCUCGACGAGCAGGCGCGGGAGAUGUCGAUCAAGGCCACGCCGAUCUCGCUGGUGUUUCAAAGCGAGGCUGGCACGGCUAGGAACAAAGCCGUGAAACACAAGUCGUACCUCUUCAACAUAUUCGACACUCCGGGCCAUGUGAACUUCAUAGACGAGUUCAUGCACGCUCAGAGCCUGUGCGAUGGCUGCGUGUUUGUCGUGGACGUGCUGGUGGGCCGCACCAGCACCCUGGAGCUGAUGCUCAAGAGCGCCAUCAAGAACGGCACCGGUUUCUGCGUGAUCCUCAAUUGCAUCGACCGGUUGGUGCUGGAGAUGAAGAUUCCGCCGACGGACGCGUAUCUCAAGAUACGGCACACCAUCGCAGACCUGAACGAAUUCGUCAAGCAAACGAGUUCGCUCACUCAAACAGACCCGGUCGUCCUGAGCCCGUUACGCGGCAAUGUGCUCUUCGCGUCGUCGAAGUACGGGAUCUUUUUUACGCUCGAAUCGUUCUCCGCUAUAUAUGCGCCUGACGCGGACCCCGUCCGCCUGGCGAAGGCGCUCUGGGGCGACACCUUCUAUAACCCCGCCACGCAGGAGUUCACGCCCGAUGAGGUGGUUGCAGGAGAAUCUGACGGCGAGAACGAGGGCGAGGUCCAGCUGAAGCACUCUUUUGUGGCGUUUGUGUUAGAGCCGCUAUACAAGAUCUUCUCUCAUGUCGCAUCAGACGAACGAGAGGAGCUGACGCCGAUCCUGGACCAGCUGGGCGUCUCGCUGCGCGCCAGUGAUUACCGGAUGGACACCAGGAAGAUUUUGCAGAAGGUAUUCGCCGCGCUGUUCAGCGACCCCAGCGGUUUCGUCAGUUUCGUGGUCGAGAACGUACCGCCGCCAACGGAAACGGGGGCACUGAAACUCCAAACGCUCUACACGGGCGACCGCGGCACCGCGAUCUGUUCGGGCAUCGAGCAGUGUGACCCUGAUGCGCAGUUGAUGAUAUUCGUUGCCAAAAACUACUACCGGCUCGACACUAACGCCUUCGACGUGUUCGGUAGAGUAUUGUCGGGGACCGUAACCAAGGGCCAGCGUAUCAAGAUAUUGGGGGAUGAAUACACGCUGGACGACGACGAAGACAUGCAGGUCCGCAGUGUCGGGUCGCUGUGGAUUGCGGAAGGCCGCUACCGCGUUGAGGUGAACUCCGUGUCCGCGGGCAACUGGGUCCUCAUAUCGGGCAUAGACCUCUGCUCGCACAAGACGAUGACCAUCACCUCGGCCGAAGACCCUAACGGCGCCGAAGUGUGCCGCUUGCGUCCGACCGUGCUCGCGUCUGAGCCUGUCUUUAAGGUAGCCAUCGAGCCCCUCAACCCUUCUGAGUUGCCGCGCAUGGUGGAAGGGCUACGUAGAAUAGACCGCAGCUACCCCGCCAUAAAGACGCGCGUCGAGGAGAGUGGGGAACACGUGGUGAUGGGUACGGGAGAGCUGUACCUUGAUUGUGCGCUUCAUGAUCUACGGAGGCUCUACGGUGACCUAGAGGUGAAAGUGUCGGAUCCCGUGGUCCGAUUCACGGAAACCAUCAUGGAACAAUCAGCGACGAAGUGCUUCGCAGAGACUCAGAACCAGAUGAACAAGCUGUGUUUCAUCGCGGAGCCUCUGGAGCAGGGCAUCUCUUCGGCCAUUGAUGAGGGCCUCAUCAGCCCAGAGCUGCCUGACAGUGAAACGUCGGCUCUAUUCAUGGAGAAGUACAAUUGGGACAUCCUUGCUGCUCGUUCCAUUUGGUGCUUUGGCCCCGACAACGUCGGCCCCAACAUCCUGCUGGAUGACGUCUUGCCAAGCGACCCCGUGAAGGCGGCCGUGGGCACUGUGCGCUCUGCUAUCAUGCAGGGCUUCAACUGGGCCUGCAAAGAAGGCCCCUUGGUGGAGGAGCCGUUUAGGAAUACCAAGUUCAAGCUGAUAGGCGCCGAAAUCGCUACGGACGCCCCCAUGCGCAGCGCCGGGCAGAUCAUCCCGGCAACCAGACGCGCCGUGUACGGGGCGUUCCUGCUGUCCACACCGCGUCUCAUGGAGCCCAUCGUAUUUUCUGAGAUCAUAUGCCCUGCUGACUGCGUCGCUUCGGCCUACUCGAUUCUGUCCCGACGCCGCGGCCACGUGCUGAAGGACGUGCCCAAGCCCGGGACGCCCUUCUACGAAGUUCACGCGUAUCUGCCUGCGAUAGAAUCGUUCGGAUUCGAGACCGAUUUGCGUGUUCAUACCCAUGGCCAGGCGUUUGGCAUCACCUUCUUCGACCACUGGAACAUUGUGCCGGGAGACCCGCUAGACAAGUCCAUCAUGCUGAAAACACUCGAACCCGCCCCAAUUCCGCACCUGGCACGCGAGUUCAUGCUUAAGACACGGCGGCGCAAGGGGCUGGCGGAAGACAUAUCCAUCAACAAGUACUUCGACGCCACUAUGCUCCAGGCACUAGGGGACGAACUCGAGCAGUUCUACUGA